CCCAGCUCUCUGGCCUCCGUGACUCCAAAAAAGAAAAAAGAAAGGCUCUCUGGCCUCCGCCGACUUCGCCCAGCCAUCUCCCCGGCGACCCCGCCGCCGCCGGCGGCGGCGGCCACUGAAGGCUUUACCCCCCUCUCCCGAUUCGACCGUUUGCGGAGCCUAGCUGAGGUGGGAAGGUAGAUCGAUGGAUGCUCCGGAGGUGAUUCCCCAACGUGUCGAUCCCAAGAAGAAACCAUGUGUAGAUGGCGAACAGCAGCAGCAUUCCCAUACAUCCAUGGACGGCACGAUGUCCGAGGUGCUUAACGACGACAACCUCCUCAUCGAGAUCCUCAUCCGCGUCGGCUUCCCUACCACCCUUGUCCGUGCCGCCCUCGUAUGCAAGCGCUGGUACCGCCACGCCUCAGACCGCAGGUUCCUCGGCCGUUUCCGCAAGCGCAACCCGCCCCGUCUCCUUGGCUUAUACAUCGACGUGAGGUGGACAGGGUUGGGGUUGUACGCUACUCCGCACUUUGUCCCAAUGCAGCCCCAGGCCCCGGAGCUUGACACCGUCAUCCGCCGCGUGAUGAGCAACAGCUUCGACGCCUAUGAUGGCGGAAUAUGGAUCUUGCACUGUCAGAAUGGCAGCAUCUUCACCCGAUGUCGCAAAGGAACAGUAGUGACACAUGGAGUUUGUCGCCCAUUGUGCCCUGAGAGAAGCAUGGACUUCAUCCCACCACUCCCAAGGGUCCAGAACGGCAUUCAAAAACUUCUUGGCGCAAUCCUCUCCAAAGAAGAAGGCGAUGGGUUGUCCUACCUGUAUGUGUUGGCGGAGUGUACCGGGCAAACAAAAACUUUCAAGGUGCGCGUGUAUAUGUUGCAUGGUGGCGUAUGGUGCAUGCAUACCUCGGCCACAACACAACUCCCUCAUAUGCUGCCGGCACUGAAAGCUGUGCUUGUUGAUGACAAAAUUUAUAUGGCUGACGUCUUCAGUAAUGACAUUAUUGUCUUGGAUUUGGCGACCUCGAGUUUUUCCAGAAUUCUGCUCCCACAAGGAGUGAAGUAUCACACUCUUCACACUAUCUUGGCCCGGGCUGAUGAUGCUUCCGCUCUAUAUCUCAUCCAUGUCCAUGUCAUGGAGCGCCAACUUUGCAUCUGGCUUCACAAGGGAGACAACUGGUUGCUGGUCGAUACCUUUUGCUUGCAUCAGAUGUGGGCUAAUUUGAGGAUGCGAGACCACACACUCAACGACGAGGAUAUUGGUUACGCCUAUAUAAGCCAGGUGGGGGAUAAUGUUCAGUUUGUGUUCUUGAAGACAAUGGGUGGAUGCAUCCUCUAUCUGGACGUCACUAGAAGGACACUACAUAAAGUGCAUGGGAUUACAGAAAAGGAUCGACAUUUCAGUGUUAUCUAUCCUUUUAUGAUGAUUUGGCCGCCCAUAUUCCCUGCGCUCAAGGAUGAUCAUGCAAGGCAGGGGAGUUGGGUGGAAAAGGGUCAACCUGAAACUGUAAGCACAUGAGAUCUGCUAGUGUACAAUGUUGGUUGAGCAGGGACGCCAUGUGAAGAAAAAGGGAUAUCCGGGAGGUCUUUAGAUCACACAGUACUUUUGUGGCAAAGCCUAUCUUAGUGUGCACAAACUUUGUUUUGAGUCAGUCACAAGUUUAUUGGGUACUGGAUAAGGAUGUUAUGUAUAUGUGUAACUGGAUCAGUUGUUCCUCUGCCCUGUUUGUAAGGACCCUUAUAUAUUUAUGCUUAAAAAUCUGUCUAUGUCCAAAGUCCAA